AGGGGAGGGGAGGGAAGGUGGAUAUUAACGCUACAAAAGAACAGGAUUUGACUUUAGAAACGCUCAUACACUUUAAUAACAGCACCUUUAUUUUAAUUUCGACCUCUAAAUCUGCACACUUCCGCAUUAAUCCAGCUGCAACGCUGAAAUCACGCGACAGCAGCGGUAGCCAUGGCUACGUUCCAAACCGCAUACUACCGUACUAAUGAGUAUGGCAAAAUAAAACGCCUUGGAGAUGACGUACUAUUUUGGCAUACUAUUUAGUAGGUUAGUGUGCGGUUUGGGACGCAGCCCGUGGCUUUUAUUUGAGUAACAGCUUCACUACAGACGGGAAAAGUGGCCGAAAAAAAAAAAAAAAAAGCUUAUAAUCGGAGACCUGGCAAAUAAAAGCGACGAAUUUGGUGACAUGGGUUCUGAGCCACCAUCAUCUCCUCAGCUGGUGGAUGAAGGAGUGGAUGAGGAUGAUGACGAGCUGAGUGGAGGAGAGGAAGCCGAGCUCCGAGUGUCGUCUGGACGAGGAUCGGUGCUGACUCGGAGAGGAAUCACACUACGCGUGCUGCUUAAAGACGGCCUGGUGGAGCCGGGAGACGCCGUCCUGUCCAUACACUACCUGGGGAAGAACUUUGUGGGUGACCUGCUGACCGAUGGGAAGAUCCGCUGGGUGGAAACGGGGCAGAUCUUUAACUCCCCGAGCGCCUGGGCAACACACUGCAAGCGCCUGGUGAAUCCUGCCAAGAAGUCGGGCUGCGGCUGGGCGUCGGUGCGCUACCGCGGGCAGAAACUGGCUCAGUACAAAACCAGCUGGCUGCGUAAAUACCAGCCCAGUGCUGACAUGAGCCUGGCCAGCGAGGGAGAGGACGACGAGAUGGGAGACGAUGAAGAGGAUGAGGGGAAGACGACUAUUCCAACAGACGAAAGAAACAGGAAGUCCAAACCAGAGUUUCACGACAUCAGUGUGGUGCACAGGAGAGGAGACAGAGAGAGAAUCCCCGUCAGAUACUGCACACUGGGAACCAGAGACAUCGCCAGAGAUCCUCACACGCUGGUGGAGCUGUCAGCUUUCUCCGCCAUCAACCGCUUCCAGCCGUUUAACGUCGCCGUCUCCAGCAACGUCCUGCUGCUCAUGGACUUUCACUGUCACUUGACCACGAGUGAGGUGGUGGGCUACCUCGGAGGCCGAUGGGACACUACAACACAGCUGCUGACAGUUUUGCGAGCGUUCCCGUGUCGCACGCGAUUGGCCGACAGAGACGCCGCACCUGCUGUGGAGGAAGAGAUUUGUCAGAACCUGUUCAUGAGAGGGCUCUCACUGGUGGGCUGGUACCACAGUCACCCUCGAGGCCCCGCCCUCCCGUCGCUGCAGGACAUCGACUCGCAGAUGGACCACCAGCUCCGCCUCCAGGGCAGCAGCAACGGCUUCCAGCCCUGUCUGGGCAUCAUCUGUGGACCUUAUUACCAUGGCAACCAGGGUGUGGCGUCGACCAUCACUCCGUUCUGGGUGGUUCCUCCCCCCGAACAAAGGCCGAAUGAUUACGGUAUCCCAGUGGCAGUGGAAGUCACAUACGUGCAAGACAACUUCCUCACUACAGACGUCCUCAAUGAAAUGAUGAUGCUGGUGGAGUUUUAUCGAGCAGCUCCAGACCUGGUCAAUUUUAAUCAGAUGUGGUGUUCUGAUACAUCAAUACUGGAGAAAAUGAAGGCGUCCCUGAGUGGCCACGCCCCCAAAGACCAGGCCUACUCUCAAAUCCUGGAGCACGUCUACAACCAACUGCGCAACAUGCAGUGAUGGAAACGUCCUCUCUGUCUUCUCUCUGUUGGUCUGAGUGUGGGAUCAAAGAACAUCCCACUUUUAUCUGAUGUACACACACACACACACACACACACGCACACGCACUGAGGAACUGAGUGCUUCUGCAUCAUCAUGGCUGCCUCCUUAAUUACGGACACUCCAUGAAAAUGUCUUCCAUUUCUGUAGACAGAAUUGUGUGGAUAGGUUAGAAUAGAAAAAAGUGUUUUCUUUCAUAUUUAUCGAGAUAGCGUACACACACGCACACACACACACACGCACAGCCACCACACCCAAUUUACAUCUCAAUGACGUCACAUGCAGCUAGUUUCCUAAUUGGGAAAACGUGGCACAACAUCGAUUUGGAAAAUUGUUACUUUGCGGUAAUUUUCUUAAUAUACUCAUUUUAUGAUUUAAGACAAGUUGGAGUAUUUACUGCACAUCAGCGGAGGAGGCUGGCGCAGUGGUGCAGCUCCGUUUCCCGGUCCGAUCCUGUGCGGACGUUCACACGGUCUCCCCGUGUCCGUGUGGGUUUCCUCCGGGUUCUCCGGUUUCCUCCUGCUCCCAGAAAAAGCAGUAGGUGGAUGUCCGACUCUAAAUUGCCCCUCAGUAUGACUGAGUCUGUAACUGUGUGUGUUCUUGCUUCAUGCACAGUGUUACCAGGAUAUAAUAAGGGGAGAGUGUGAGGCUUUAAUAAAACCCUCACCAGGCGGGGGCGCUGUGUUACAACACUUACGGGUUUAAAUCACACAUUACACUCAGCAGUGGAUUAAAAACCAUUCUGACGUUGUGCUGACAUCUUCAGGAUUGUUGCGACGUCAUUGAGACGUAAAUUGCACCCUGUGCUACCUGGGGAGCUGGUAUUUAUGUGUGGUUGGAUGGGCUGCACAGAAUAGGGGGAAAAAAAGAAAGCUGACCUACUGACUAUGUUCAAAUAUACACUGGAACCUGUGGAGUUA